UUUCCCCCAAAUUUUCAGACAUUCAAAACCCUAAUUUCAUUUUCUAAAAAACUUUCCUUUACAAUUUUUCGGCUCUCUCUGUUUGAGAAAGCGAUCAGUAUCCAUUAGAUCACUUUGAUUCUUCCUUUCACUGCUUCAAAUUCCUCUUCUGUAUCCUUUUCAUGGCGUCUCGGGGUAAUAAGCGACCUUCUAUCACCAAUGGCGAUGACAAUUUAGGCGUCCUGUCUAGGGUUUCCCGUUCCGUUUCCGAUUCCCAAAUCGUCCGACGGGCGAAGAGCACAGCUUCCGACGCUGCCUUCGUUACUCAAAAACUCCUCCGUAGCACCGGCAAAGCUGCUUGGAUUGCUGGGACGACUUUUCUCAUCUUGGUGGUGCCACUAAUUAUUGAGAUGGAUCGCGAACAGCAGUUCAAUGAGCUCGAGAUGCAGCAGGCGAGUUUACUUGGUACUCCGGCCACCGCCGCUUCUAAAUGAUUUUUCCUUGAUUAUGGCUUCAGGUUAAGGCUACUCGAUGAUGUUGCUGUUUAGGGUUUUUAUGGGCUUUAGAUGGAAUUUGAUUUUGGAAUGUCGAUGGGGUACAAUGUCGUACCUCUGUUUCCUUUGUUUGUGACUGCCGGUUAGAGACUGAGGCUUUAAAGAGUUAAGAGUUAUGUUGCGAUAUUAUAUGAAUUGAAUUCAGAGUCAAUUUAAAUUUUCUUCUUAGCAUAAGACUCUUUAUUGAUGUUGUAAACUUAUUUUAUGUUUGUUUCCUUUUUUGUGAGAAAUCGUUUGAACCCCCAGAAAUCAGUAGAAAUUAAAAAAAAAAAAUGAAAAAAAAUUCAA